GGUGUCCCUGGCUGCUGCUGCGGCGGUGGCGCUGACAGGACAAGAGCUCUAUGCCUUUCCGGCUGCUCAUCUCACUUGGACUCCUGUGCGCGCUGCUACCCCUGCACCAUGGUGCGCCAGGCCCCGACGGCACCGCGCCCGACCCCGCUCACUACAGGGAGCGAGUGAAGGCCAUGUUCUAUCACGCCUACGACAGCUAUCUGGAGAAUGCCCUUCCCUUCGACGAGCUUCGACCUCUCACCUGUGACGGGCACGACACCUGGGGCAGUUUUUCUCUGACUCUAAUUGAUGCUCUGGACACCUUGCUGAUUUUGGGGAAUGUCUCAGAAUUCCAAAGAGUGGUUGAAGUGCUCCAGGACAAUGUGGACUUUGAUAUUGAUGUGAAUGCCUCCGUGUUUGAAACCAACAUUAGAGUGGUGGGAGGACUCCUGUCUGCUCAUCUGCUCUCAAAGAAGGCCGGGAUAAAAGUGGAGGCUGGAUGGCCCUGCUCUGGACCUCUCCUGAGGAUGGCUGAGGAGGCAGCCCGAAAACUCCUCCCAGCCUUUCAGACCCCCACUGGCAUGCCAUAUGGAACAGUGAACCUGCUUCAUGGUGUGAACCCAGGAGAGACCCCUGUCACCUGUACGGCAGGGAUUGGAACAUUCAUCGUGGAAUUUGCCACCCUGAGCAGCCUCACUGGUGACCCCGUGUUUGAAGACGUGGCCAGAGUGGCCCUGAUGCGCCUGUGGGAGAGCCGGUCAGAUAUUGGGCUGGUCGGCAACCACAUCGAUGUGCUCACUGGCAAGUGGGUGGCCCAGGACGCAGGCAUCGGUGCUGGGGUAGACUCCUACUUUGAGUACCUGGUGAAAGGAGCCAUCCUACUUCAGGAUAAGAAGCUCAUGGCCAUGUUCCUAGAGUAUAACAAAGCCAUUCGGAAUUACACCCGCUUUGAUGACUGGUACCUGUGGGUGCAGAUGUACAAGGGGACUGUGUCCAUGCCUGUCUUCCAAUCCUUGGAGGCCUACUGGCCUGGUCUUCAGGCUUUCAGAGUUGUAGACAAAUUGUCUGCUUUGGACUUCGCAGAACUCAUUGAAAGUGCGAUGUACCUCUACCGUGCCACGGGGGAUCCCACCCUCCUAGAACUUGGAAGAGAUGCUGUGGAAUCCAUUGAAAAAAUCAGCAAGGUGGAGUGCGGAUUUGCAACAAUCAAAGAUCUGCGAGACCACAAGCUUGACAACCGCAUGGAGUCGUUCUUCCUGGCUGAGACCAUGAAAUACCUCUACCUUCUCUUUGAUCCGACCAACUUUAUCCACAACAAUGGCUCCACCUUCGAUGCAGUGAUAACCCCCUAUGGAGAGUGCAUCCUGGGGGCUGGGGGCUACAUCUUCAACACGGAAGCCCAUCCCAUCGACCCUGCUGCCCUGCACUGUUGCCAGAGGCUGAAGGAAGAGCAAUGGGAGGUAGAAGACUUGAUGAGGGAGUUCUACUCUCUCAAGAGGAACAGGUCGAGAUUUCAGAAAAAGACUGUGAGUUUGAGGCCAUGGGAACCCCCAGCAGGGCCAGGAACAUUCUCCUCUCCUGAGGAGCAGGCAAGGGAGGAGCCGCCUGCCAAGCAGAAAAUCCCACUUCUCAGCUGCCCUAGUCAGCCCUUCACCUCUAAGUUGGCAUUACUGGGGCAGGUUUUCCUAGACUCCUCAUAACCACUGGAUGAUUUUCUAUUUUUAUUUUUUUGAGAGUAAACUAUAAUAAUAAAUCUGCUUUUGGUUAUCAA